CGCGCUGUCAAUCAGAGCAGGUAGUGAAACCGGCUUUUAGAUACUUCACAUUAGAACUUCGUCUUCAUUUCGAGAACUUGAUCGCAGGAUUGGUCUUGUUGUUUGUGUGACUUUUACUGUCAGAACUCGAUCAUUAGGAUCAGGUGUGUUAUAUCAGUAGAAGCAGGGUUUUGUGAGUGUGUGUGUGUGUGUGUGUGUGUGUGAGAAUGCGGAACCACAUCAGGAGGUAUCCCUGGCUGACUAAUGUGACUCUGUACUCGGGUCUGUACGCCGGAGGAGACUUGGUACAGCAGUGUUUAUCGAACAGGAAAGAUGGAAAGAUCGAUUGGAGGCGCACCAGAAACGUCGCGAUCGUCGCUUUUUGCUUCAACGGCAACUUCAACUUUUUUUGGAUGCGCUUCUUAGAGCGAAAACUUCCCGGAAGUUCUGUGAGCACGGUGUUACGGAAACUGGCCAUGGACCAGACCAUCUCCUUACCUCUGGCCAUAAGUGCCUUCUAUACAGGUUUGAGCCUUUUGGAAGGUAAAGAUGAUCUACUGGUUGACUGGAGAAACAAGUUUCUGAACACAUACACAACAGGACUCAUGUUCUGGCCUUUUGCGCAGUGCUUGAAUUUUGCCCUGGUGCCCUUGUACCUGCGAACUACCUUCACCGGCUGCUGUGCUUUUGUCUGGGCUACGUUCCUCUGCUUCUCUCGCCAGCGCGGAGACGGGACCCUGAACGCGGCUCUGAACUGGAUGCGUCAACUGAAAAGCGAGGUGAAAGUGAAGGAAACCAGUGAGAGCAAGUGAUUCUCUGAAGCAAGAAGAGUUCUCAAUCCUAAAUCCAUAUAUUUGGCAUGCCAUUGUGCUGUAGUUUGAGCUGGAUUAUGGAUAGUCAACACCAAUGCGGUGUUAAUGACAGGGUUAAUAACAGCACUGUACUGGUUAGCUCAUAUUUUUUAUCCAAUAUUUUUUCUAUGUCUUUUGGAUUGUGAAGGACUAAAAACAGACUGAAACCCAUCUGAAUUGUUUUAUGACUAUUCCAAAUCCUCAUUUAGAUAUAUUUUAAAAUAACUUCUUGUAAUAAUCUGUUUGAUGUUUUAAAAAGUCAGGAAUAGCAUCAAUGUUCUAUUUAACCUCUCUAGACAUUUGUUUAAUAAGAUUAACAUGAUCAGACUUUAUCUUUAUAUUUUAUUCAUUUUAUUUAUUAAAACCUAUUUCAUUCACAACACAAAACAUAUCAAAUGUUUAAACUGAGGAAACGUAUUACUAAGGUGAACCAUGACCUUGAAACCUUGAGAGGAAUCAGAUUAAAGAGGAACCCAUCCUCAUCUGGGUGGCACCGAAUGUCCAUUAUUUACAGCUAUAUACAUCUGGGAACUAAGGUGACAAGUUGCUGACAUUUUUGAGAGAGGAAUGUUUGUGGAAUUUUGUCUGAUACUAGAUUCUAGCUGCUCAACAGUCUUCUUUGUUGUAUUUUUCACUUCCAGAGCUGCCAAAUGUUUACAAUUGGUAAAAAGUCACUGGCAACCAAUAUUGGAUUUUGGCAAACAAUAUUUUUUCCAGAUUCUUUUGAUGAUAUGUAAUGCAAAUGAUGGAUAUAUUUAAAGUCUUUGCAGUUGUAUGCUGAGGAACAUUACUGAAAUUGUUUCGCAAUUUGAACAACAGUUUUUCCAGGUUGCUGAGCCUCUGCCCAGCCUUAAUUCUGAGAGGCUCUGCCUCUUUAAUAUAUUCAUUUUAUACGCAUGUUCCUGACCUGUUGCUAAUUUAAUAAGUUGCAAAAUGUUCAUCCAGCUAUUUCUUUGAAGUAACACUUACUUUUCAGCUAUUUGUUGCCUCCGUCCCAGCUUUUUUUCAGACGUGUUGCAGCCAUCAAAAUUAAUUAACUUAAUUUUUUUCCUUAAAAUGGUUUAUUUCCUCAGUUUAAACAUUUAAUAUUUUCUAUGUUCUAUUUGAUUAUAAUAUAGGGUUUAUGAGAUUUGCAAAUCAUUGCAUUCUGGUUUUAUUUUAUUAUUUUUUAGGGUUGAAUCCUAUAGAUUGCGCGGUGCCUUUGUUCAGCAUAUUACCUCAUCGCCUUCUGUAAUCAUUUCAUGGUACACUUGAAACUUUUAAACACUUUCACUGGUCAGAAAUACAGUGAUGGAUGGCAAAUAAAGUAACUAAAUGCUGCUUAUUAUAUAACACACUUUUAAAGGAACUGAAAAAGAACUCAAAUGUGAACAGUGCUCCUUAAUGCCUAUGCUGAGCCAAGAUACAGUGUUACUGGAACUGAUAACAGAUAAUAUAAUUUAUAAAAUUCAUAUAUUCAUAAUAAUCCUAAUUAUUUUUUAUUAUGAAUUAAUUGUUUGUAAUUAAUAUGUAAUCAUUUGUAUAAUAUUCAUAAUUUAGAUUCAGCCCCAAAACAUGCACAACUGCUUUUUUUUUUUUUUGUUAACAUCACUGACACACUUAGAUAUUAGGUUUGUUUUCUUUAUUUUCACUAAAUGUUUGAAUAUCAUUUUUCCUGACCUGUUGCUAAUUAAAUAAGUUGCAAAAUAUUCAUCCAGCUAUUUCUUUGAAGCAUCACGUAUGUGUUAACACAGAUGGAAGAAGGUCUGGCUUUGUAUAUUAAAAAAAAGAAAUAAUAAAUAUUUUUAGAUUUACAGAUUUUAGAAUAUUAGAAUUUCAUAAUUUGUUUUGUAAUUGUUAAAUGCAGUUAUGUUCGUUUUUUAGUUAGAUAUUUACAUCAGUCUUGACACUGGAGAUAUAUAUACUUUUUUCCUAUUAAAAAUCUUUCACACCUAUCAUAUUUAUCUUGGGUGUAUAGUUAUCAAAGUCAAAUUUAAGAUGUCUUCUUUAUAAUUUACAUGUAUAUCAGUAAACCAUGUGUGUUAAAUGUUAGACUGAAGAAUUAUGUUACUUCUGAUUGUAUGUAAAUGUACCAAGCCUGUAAUGACUGCAAUAUAUGAAAGUGAUAAUGUCUGUGUAUUCGUAUUAUAUAUAAAUAUAUCAAAUGUUAUAUUUUAGAGAAUGACGAUUUUUUUUUUUUAGAAAAUAAGUACUUGCAUAAUAGCCACCUCAAAAUAAAGAGAUGUAACUGUCA